AAGAAUGGAACAAGGGGGAGGAGGGAAAAGGUAUACAGUCAGUGCAUAGGAGGAUGCUGGCUGGAUGUGCUGUCGCUGUCCCUGGUGCUAAAGGUUAAUGGUUGUAUGUCAAGUUUGGGCGCAGAAAGGCACAGGGGAUGUCAGAAUGAGGGUGUCGCAUCAGUUUAUAAUGCUCAGAUAAUAGCAGCUCAUGGCUGGAGAUGGUCAUGUAAGAAGAGGUGAUAGGUGCAGAUAUGCUUGUAUGAAGAUGGCGCAGACGGUGCAGGUGGCAGUACUGGGGGCACCCAGGGUUGGCAAGACCUCUAUCAUCCGGCAAUUUGUAGCCCAGGACUUCCAGGAGGAAUACACCCCAACUGAGAGUCGGCAGCUGCACAGAGCCUCUGCAGUGCUCAGCGAGAGGAUGUAUGAGCUGCUCAUCCUGGACUUACCUAACCUGCCUAGAUACCCUGGAUCCGCGGGACAGGAGUGGAUAGAUCCACGUUUUCGGGGACUCCGUAACAGCAGAGUCUUUGUCUUGGUGUUUGACAUCUGCAGCCCUGAGAGUUUCCACCAUGUGAAGCAAAUAAGGCAGCAAAUCCUGGACAGCACAAGCAAGCCCCCGGUGAUUGUUGUAGUUGGAAACAAGAGAGACCAGCAGAAGCUUCGUUUUGCUCCACGGAAUGUUCUCUCUGUACUGGUGAAGAAGAACUGGAAAUGUGGAUACCUGGAGUGUUCGGCUCGCAAUAACUGGCACAUCCUCUUACUCUUCAAGGAAAUUCUCAUCAGCACCACUGCAAGAAGCAGAAGCAAAACUCCCAGCAUCUGCCUACAGGGAGCACUGCACAGAGAGCGCUGCAGUGUUAUGUGAGCAGACCAGUUUAGAAACAGGAUUGCCUCAAAGUUACAAAGACAUUGCCACUACUAAAA